CACGGCUCCUCCCUGGCGACACCUGUCCUCCCUCCAUUCCCCUCGCCUCUCCUCGCCGCCGCGGUCGCGCAGCUCCCCUCCCGCACCCGCGGCCUGGCCACCAACGCGCGUCUUCCACAUCCCCUCUCAGGUCUCGCUCGAUUCCUCCUAAUCCGUGGGGUUUUCCUUGCUAAUUCUGGCAUCUCUUGUAGCGAAGUCAGUCUUACUCUGCCCAACCCUCUGCUCUAAGCUUAGCUGAUUAGUUACUCCUGCGGUCCUGCCGUUGAGUGUGUGCUCUUGAGGGAAUUUUUCGGACAUAUUCCAGUUUAGGUGACUUUGGGGGUUGGUGUUUAGGGAUGGAUUGUCUGGGUGGGAGCGGAAGGCGGCGGCAGCAGGAGCCGGAGCAGCUGCCGCCGAUGACGCCGCUGCCGCUGGCGCGGCAGGGGUCUGUCUACUCGCUCACGUUCGACGAGUUCCAGAGCACGCUCGGCGGGGCGGGCAAGGACUUCGGAUCCAUGAACAUGGACGAGCUCCUCCGCAGCAUAUGGACGGCGGAGGAGUCGCACUCCGUCGCAAAUGCCACAACGUCGGCGGCAGCUGCGGCGGCGCCCAUCCAGCGCCAGGGAUCGCUCACCCUCCCCCGCACGCUCAGCCAGAAGACCGUCGACGAGGUCUGGCGAAACAUGAUGUGCUUCGGCGCCCACUCCGACGCGCCGGCCGCGGCGCCACCCCCACCAGCCCAGCGGCAGCCGACGCUCGGUGAGAUCACGCUGGAGGAGUUCCUCGUACGCGCCGGCGUGGUCCGGGAGGACAUGACGGCGGGGCCGCUGGUACCGCCGGCGCCGGCGUCUGCUCCACCCCCGACACUUCCUCCGCAAUUGCCAAUGCUAUUUCCCCAUGGUGAUGUGUUUGCUCCAUUGGUGCCUCCACCGUAUUUGGGGAACGGGUUUGUGACGGGAGCUGCCGGUCAGGCAGGUGGCGCAGCGGCUUCGGUGGUGUCACCAGUGGGGCCGGUUACAUCCAACGGGUUUGGCAAGAUGGAAGGCGGGGACUUGUCCUCUCUGUCGCCAUCACCGGUGCCAUACGUUUUCAAUGGUGGUAUGAGGGGAAGGAAGGCAUCGGCGAUAGAGAAGGUGUCUGAGAGGAGGCAGAGGCGGAUGAUCAAGAACCGGGAAUCCGCCGCGAAGUCUCGCCAGAGGAAGCAGGCAUAUAUGAUGGAAUUGGAAGCUGAGGUGGCAAAACUUAAAGAGCUGAACGAAGAGUUGCACAAAAAACAGGUCGAAAUGCUGGAGAAGCAAAAUAAUGAGGUCCUGGAGAGAAUGACCCGGCAAAUUGGACCCACGGCAAAGAGAAUUUGCCUGCGGAGGACACUGACAGGUCCUUGGUAAGCUGUAGGCCUGUAACUAGAAAGCAGUACUUUCGUAGUGAGCAGUGUAUAUAGUAGGUGAACUCAUAAUCGCCAGAGAGUUGCCCUUGUAGACACAACCAUUAAUCCGAAGCUUCAGUCUCGUAGGCUGAUAGGUUGCCUGUGAUUUUUACUUCAUAGGAUUUGGCCGUUUGCUUAAUGCUGGAGUGAGUAGAGAGGCAUGGUAUGUAGACUGUUCAAUGUGGUCGGUUUUAUUGGCCCGUGGAGUGCGUGCUUGUUAUAGGUUCUUCAGGCUUCUGGUUUGUGUGAUACUAUAUCAUUAGUUCAUGUUAGAUGAUACACAUCCGAUGAAUUUGUAAUCCACACACAUCCGAUGAAUUUGUAAUCCACACACUAUGUCAUUGUGUUCUGUAAAACCGAGUAGCUGAUGGUGUAAGAACUUCUGCAGACGUCCGUUGCGUCCAAUUUCUAGGACAUCGUUAUUGAAGCAACUAUGGUGUUAUACAAGUA